CUUUUGAGAGAAUUGUCUGAAAAAUUGGUGCAAGUUGAGAGUGCUUUAGUGCUCAUAAGUUUGGUCCUUUUGUGUUCGGUAAGAAAGAUCGCGUUUAAAGUUUUUUCCUUUGUUACUUUUGUCAGCGAAUCUCGUCUCGCGACCAACUUCCCCUUAAACCCUUUUGAGAGAAUUGUCUGAAAAUUGGGGAAAGUCGAGUGCUUUAGUGCUAAUGUCCGAGCUAAGCAACUAAAUGGUUCUUCUCCUCCACAAAAGCAUUGGACUUUUCAAACGAUUCUCAACUUCAGCAACUCCAUCAACAUCCUCUGCUUCAGAUUGGAAAACCCAACUGACUCUGUUCCGAGCAGCCAACGAAAUCUCUUCGAUCCUCUUACAACGUCGCAACUGGGACACUCAUCUCCGCUAUGUCAAAUCCAAGCUCCCAAGAGCAACACUUACACCACCUAUCUUCCUCCAGAUUCUCCACAAGACUCGAACGUCUCCUAAAACCGCUCUCGAGUUCUUCCACUGGGCCAAAACCCAUCUCCGGUUCGAGCCUGAUCUCAAGUCUCAUUGUCGUGUCAUCGAAGUUGCUGCCGAGUCAGGUCUAUUGGAACGAGCAGAAGCUCUCUUGAGUCCUCUCGUUGAGACUCAUUCUGUGUCUGUGAUCGUUGGAUCGAUGCAACGGUGGUUUGAAGGUGAAGAAGGUUCACUCUCUAUCUCUCUUAGCUUAGCUCUUGAGUGUUAUGUCUUAAAGGAUAGUUACCAGAACGGCUUGGAAGUGUUUAGUUCAAUGAGAAGAUUGAGACUUUCGCCUUCAGUUAGGGCUUAUAACUCUCUUCUUGACUCUCUUGUUAAGGAGAAUCAGUUUAGAUUGGCUUUGUGUGUGUACUCUGCCAUGGUUAGAAACGGGGUUGUCUCCGAUGGGUUUACUUGGGAUUUGGUAGCUCAGGUUUUAUGUGAACAAGGAAAAUACAAGAGUGUUGUUAAGUUGAUGAAAACAGGUGUUGAAAGCAGCAAGAUUUACACCAAUCUUGUGGAGUGUUAUAGCAGAAAAGGGGAGUUUGAUGCUGUGUUUAGUCUCAUUCAUGAGAUGGAUGAGAAGAAUCUGGAACUGAGUUUCUCUUCUUAUUAUUGCGUGUUGGAUGAUGUCUGCAGAUUGGGAGAUGCUGAGUUGAUUGAUAAGGUUCUUGCUUUGAAGGUAGAGAAAGAUGAGUCAAUUGUGGAUGAUCAGAUCAUAGAAACGCUCUGUGAUAUGGGGAAAACAUUUGCUUCUGAGAUGCUUUUCCGUAGAGCUUGUAAUGCUGGAACAGUUCGGUAUGAGACAUACGGUUGUGUGUUGAAAGCUCUGUCGAUAAAUGGGAGAACAAAAGAAGCUAUUGAUGUAUAUCGGUCGGUAUGUCGGAAAGGUGUUUUUUUAGUUGAUGAGAGUUGUUAUAGCGAGUUCGCAAAUGCUCUAUGCAGAGAUGAUGAUGAUACUAACUCAGAGGAAGAAGAGGAGCUGCUUGUAGAUGUUAUAAACCGCGGUUUUGUUCCUUGUACACAAAAGUUAUCAGAAGUUUUAGCAGCGAUGUGUAGGAAAAGAAGAUGGAACCAAGCAGAGAAGCUUCUUGAUUCUGUCAUGGAAAUGGAUGUUUAUUUUGAUUCCUUUUCCUGCGGGUUGUUGAUGGAACGUUAUUGCAGAACCGGGAAGUUGGAGAAAGCGAUGGAACUACAUGAGAAGAUAAAGAAGAUGAAAGGGAGUUUGGAUGUGAAUGCUUAUAACGCAGUUCUUGAAAAGCUUAUGAUGAGGCAAAGAACUAAGGUGGAGGAAGCUGUUGAAGUGUUUGAGUACAUGAAAGAGAUGGAUACAGUGAACAGCAAGAGUUUUAGAAUCAUGAUUCAUGGGUUGUGUCGUGUGAAAGAGAUGAAGAGAGCUAUGAAGUAUCAUGAUGAAAUGUUGAAGUUGGGGAUGAAACCUGAUUUGGCUUCUUAUAAGCGUCUUAUCUUAGGUUUCAAAUGAAACAUUUGGAUCAGAUUUUAGUUUGAGUUUCCAAAAGUACAACACCAAAGAGAGUUUUUUAAGAUUGAAGUUGCAAACAUAUCUUGCGAGCAUAUAAAUAUAAUUUGUUACAUAUUAUUGCUGC